GCACCAGUGGCCACCCCUGGAGGUGCAGAACACCCAACGCUAAGUUUCUUUAUGCAUGAUGUUCUAGGAGGGUCUCAUGCUACAAGUAGGGUAGUCACCGGGAUUGUAGCUAGUUCAAGUGCUAAUGCGGUUCCUUUCUCUACGCCCAAUAGCCAAGUAUUCCCGAUCACCAACGGGGUCCCAUUAAACAACAUUAACGGUAUAGUCAAUAACAACAACCUCCCAUUCUUAGCCGGUUUCAACGGUGGUACUAAUAGUAACAACCAAAAUGGCAACACAGUCCUCCAAAACACGGGGAACAACAAUGUUGUCAACGGAGGAGGCAAUCUACCAUUUGUUUCAGCCGGGCAACUUCCAGCUGGUAUAACCCUCCAGCAACUCAUGUUUGGGUCUAUCACUGUUAUUGACAACGAAUUAACUGAAGGACAUGAACUUGGUACUGGUGUGCUUGGCCGAGGACAGGGUUUCUACCUCUCAAGCUCGUUGGAUGGAAGCAGCCACACAUUUGCACUAACUACUUUAUUCCAUGGUUCUGAUCACGAGGUGGAUGAUACCAUUAGCUUUUUCGGGGUCCAUAGAACUGCUUCUGAGGUAUCACACAUAGCCGUGAUCGGUGGGACAGGGAAGUAUGAGGAUGCCAAAGGGUAUGCCACCAUUGAGAGUUUGCCUCAAGUUGAUGAACACACAACGGAUGGUGUUGAAACCAUUGUCCAUGUCAAUGUCUACCUCACACCAGCAUAG